UGACCAACAUGGUAUGUCUAAUUGAGAUUUUUUUUUUUAAAGCACUGAUUGUGAACUGUGAGAGCCACUCUUCACUGGAUAAAUCAUCUCAGCUUGCUUUAACCCUGUUUCUAAAAAACAGUUUAAUUUUUGGGAGAGCACUAGUGCUUCUCAUCACCUAUCAUUGAAAACAUUUCAACUGAUAAUUGACAGCAUUUAGAAAUGGCUCCAGGUGUAUCCAGUUGUCAGUAUAGAGAAGUUCCUCUGUCCAUCUCCUUCUCUGGAUGCGGAUUCCUUGCCACCUACCAGUUAGGGGUUGCCCAGUGCUUACUAAAUUAUGCACCCAGGAUUUUGCAUAAAGCACCUUUUGUUGUUGGUGCAUCUGCUGGAUCUCUGGUAGCAGCUGCUGUGGUCUGUGAAAUGAGCCUGAUUAACAUUCGGGAUGAAAUGCUGCAUUUUGCGAAACAGAUGAAGGCUUUUACACUUGGACCAUUUAACCCCUCAAUCAAUGUUUUCCACUGGUUAAAGCACAUUUUACAUAAACAUCUUCCUUCUGAGGCACACCAAAUGGCCAGUGGACGUCUCGCUGUGGCUGUAACCCGCCUGUCUGAUGGCAAGAACUCUGUCAUAUCUGAGUUCCACUCCAAAGAGGAUGUGGUACAAGCUCUGCUAUGUAGCUGCUUUGUGCCUGGGUACUGCGGUAUGCUGCCUCCAUCCUUCAAGGGAGAACAUUAUAUGGAUGGUGGUUUCAGCAGCAUGCAACCAGUACUAUCUCCACUCUGCAGUCACACCUUAACAGUGUCUCCAUUUUCUGGAGAGACAGACAUCUGUCCCCCAGACACACCGUGCUCGUGGGACAUGGUAGUGAGUGGAACCACCUUAAAAGGCAACAUGGCUAACAGUCUAAGGCUCAUCAAUGCCCUAUACCCCCUGGCUUUAGAGACCCUGGAACAAGCAUACCAUAGUGGCUACAAAGAUGCCAUUAAUUUUCUUCUGAGCAAUGAUCUUGCCCCAUAUUUGACGAUACGCAAAGUAUCCCAAGUGCCACAUAACUUUAACCAAACUAGAAUGUUGAAACACCAGGAGACCACUAUGGAGGAAGGGGAGGAGAUGAAGGUGGAAAACAAGGCCACUAUUUUGACAUCUUUUACAGACAACAAACGCAUGCAGACAGGCAGUUCUUCUACUGAAUACCAAUCGAUGGGAAAAUUCAUGACUAAAGAACCUCCUCCCAAUUGUGACACAGCAAAGAAUGUGUUGCUGGGCAACCAGAUGAUGUAUCUCAGCAUGUUUGGACUUCCUGCAAGAAUCUUACCCAAUUUGCUCCUGCCUCUCAUGCUGGCGUUCUUUGCAGUGCUAAAGAGUAGGCACAGGCAGGUUCCAGUAUUGGUUUACUGGAUUUGGCAUGUCCUCAGACAUUUUAGCUUCUUUUUUUUCAACAUUAUUGUCUGUAGCCUCAAGAAAAACAUAAAGGACAGAGUAAUGCCCAUCAUCUUGCUGUUGCAAUGGUUGAAACUUCAGCCAGAAUAUGAGGUUCCUCAAAGACAGAGGCACUCAACACCUCACCAUAAGCUUUCCUCUUCUGCCCACUCAGAAGAUGCCUGGCACGGUAGUCUGCACAGACGGUUUGUCACCCCAUCAUGCAACCAGAAUUACAGAGAGAGCCUCUGA